CCGGCGCGGGGCGGGGCGGGCCGGGCAUGGCGGCGGCCGCGCUGGCCGGGCUGGCCGGGCUGUUCGCCGUGUACAAACCGGCGGGGGUGGCGUGGGGCCGCGUCCGGGACGCGGUGGAGACGCGGCUGCUGCGCGAGCUGAACGCGCUGCCGGGCCGCGCCCCGCGGCAGCGAGUCCGCUUCCUACCGUCCCCGGCCGCGGGCGGCGGCGGGGCCGUGGAGCUGGUGCCUGCCAGGGUGCCGGUGCUGGCCGACCACCCCCUCGUGCGAGGCCCGCGGUUCAAGAAGCUGAAGAUCGGAGCGGGGCACCGGCUGGAUGUGAAGGCCUCGGGAGUCUUCGUGCUUGGCGUUGGCCAUGGGAACAAGCUGCUCACUGACCUGUACAACUGCCACCUGACCAAGGUUUAUACUGUUGGUGGGCUUUUUGGCAAAGCUACUGAUGACUUCUCAGAUACAGGGAAUUUAGUAGAGAAGACAACAUUUGAUCAUAUCACAAGGGAGAAGCUGGAGCGGAUUCUCGCUGUCAUUCACGGGACAAACCAAAAGGCCCUGCUGAUGUAUUCUAACAUUGAUAUGAAAACACAAGAGGCAUACGAGCUGGCUGUCAAGGGGUUGAUUCGCCCCAUGGGAAAAAGCCCCCCAAUAAUCACAGCAAUCCGAUGCCUCCAGUUUGCACUUCCAGAAUUCCAGCUAGAAAUCCACUGCUUGCACGAGACUCAGCAGUACCUGCGCAGGAUGGUGCACGAGAUCGGGCUGGAGCUGAAGUCGUCUGCUGUGUGCACACACGUGCGGAGGAUACGCGACGGGGUUUUCACGGUGGACGACGCUCUCCCGAGGACCCGGUGGAACCUGCAGAACAUCCAGGAGGCAAUUGGGAACUGCCAGCUCAGAGUGGAAGCAGAGCUGGAGAGAACACUGGGACACGGGGAGAGCAGUCUUCUUCAGCAGCUGCAUGGGGACGCAGCUGAGCACGGGCUGCAGCAGCGGCCGUGAGCAAUCCCUGCGUGCCAGCACGGGAUGGACAGCAGAAGGAAAGAGGUUAAUUGCAGUUCACUUCCACCCUUUCCUUGAGAUGACUUUUAUCAGAGGCUUUUUUUUUUUUUUUCAGUGACAGGCUGUAUAGUUUUUUUUAAAGCAUCACAAACAGUUCAUUACCAGGAGGUAGCUGUGCCAAAAUUCCUGUUGAUUUUGGGGAUGUUACGUUGCUAAGGGAUAUGAAAACCCAUUCCCAAAUUGUUUAGGAGCAGGAAGUAGUGUCUUAGAAAGCUGUAUUCCCUUGACUGCACAGAUUUGUUCCUUGCAACUGGCAGCAUAACUUAUCUACUGUAUGGAUUUUAUUUUCCUUGUGUUCUCCUGAAGUAUUUUCUUUCCAUUAGCCCUGCUCUCAGACACAUGAGAGCUCAAAAUUGGGCUAAAUGAGGGAUGUGCAGGAGAAAACACAGCUUACCCAAAGCAAUGCAAGGAAAUGGUUUUAUCAAGAGUAGGUAUGUGAUGGAAAGUGGCUCAUAAUGGGGACUAAUGCACAAAAAAUAAAACUGCAAAUGACCUAA